AUGUCAGACACAACGCCCGAAAGCGCAUACACAUCAUUCAAAUACUUCCUCGUCCGCUUCCCCAAAGAAUAUGAAUAUGUAGCACACGUGGAGAUCAACAGAGCCGAGAAACUGAAUGCGUUUAUUGAGGCAAUGUGGCUCGAAAUGCGCCAACUCUUCACGCAACUCUCAACAGACUCCAAUAUCCGCUCCAUCGUCCUCUCAGGCUCAGGCGACCGCGCCUUCACAACAGGACUAGACGUCCAAGCCGCGUCGAACGGCAUCCUAGCCGAAUCGGACGAAACAACAGAUCCCGCGCGCAAAGCAGCGCAACUACGCCGCCACAUUUCCGAAUUCCAGGACUGCAUUACCUCCGUCGAGCGGUGCGAGAAGCCCGUCAUCGUCGCCAUGCACGGCUUCUGUCUUGGUCUUGCCGUUGAUUUGUCCACGGCGGCUGAUGUGAGGGUUUGUUCGGCUGAUGCUCGGUUCUCCGUGAAGGAGGUCGAUAUUGGUCUUGCAGCUGAUAUUGGAACGUUGAGUCGGUUGCCUAAGGUUGUUGGGAGUUUUGGGUGGGUGAAGGAGGUGUGUUUUUCUGCGAGGACUUGGGGCGCUGAGGAGGCCAAGUCUGUUGGGUUUGUUAAUGCCGUUUUGCCUUCCAAAGGGGAUGCUGUGAAUGCAGCUUUGCAGUUGGCUGGGUUGAUUGCGCGGAAGAGUCCGGUUGCCGUACAAGGGACGAAGGAGUUGUUGAAUUAUUCGAGGGAUAGAGGGGUGUUGGAUGGUCUCCGGUAUACAAGCAUCUGGAAUAGUGCUGCGUUGCAGACGACGGAUCUUGCUUCUGCGCUGCUCUCAGGUUUGCAGAAGCGGACUCCUACGUUUGAGAAGUUGUAA